AUGGAAAAAGAGCAAUAUCGAUCUGUGAUUCGAUUCCUGUUUUUGGAUGGGAAGACGUGUGAAGAAAUCAAAGAAAAGUUGCAUGCCGUAUAUAAGGACAACGCGCCUUCGAUGACUACCAUAAGAUAUUGGUACAACGAAUUUAAGCGUGGCCGAACAUCCAUUUUUGAUGAAGAGCGCCCAGGUCGUCCGAUUGAAGUGACUACGGAGGAUAUGGUCAACAAAAUCCAUGAUAUCAUGUUAGCAGACUGUCGGGUGAAGAUCAGAGAGAUUGCUAACAUUGUAAAGAUCUCAACUGAACGCAUACAAAAUGUCCUACACGAAACAUUGGGCAUGAAAAAGCUAUCGGCUAGAUGGGUGCCGCGUUUGUUCACAACGCACCAGCUCAUUUGUCCGCAAUCGCCAUGA